GGCAUCGCUCCUCAAGCCAGUGUUCAAUCAUACCGCAAAACCCGUGCAGUCGGCAGUAAUCCUUCUGAGAGACUCUGGAGCAUGUCGUUCUCAAUGUCCCCUCCUCCAUUUGGUGUCUAUGCCCCCGUGGUGUGUUUCUUCACAGACGACGAGGACAUCGACUUUCCAAGCAUCACGCAUCACGUACAGAGGCUUCUGGCGUCCGGCGUCCGGGGCCUCGUCGUCCACGGGAGCAACGGCGAGGCAACGCAUCUUUCGCAGGAGGAGAGGCUCGAGGUAAUUCGACACGUUCGGACCCUGGUCAAGGCGUCUUCGUCAAGCGACGCCGUCAUAAUAAGCGGGUGCAGUGCGAAUAGUGUCCGAGAGACGAGGAAGCUCGUCCAGGACGCGCAAACAUCCGGGGCAGACUUCGCCCUGGUGCUUCCGCCGAGCUACUGGAUCGCGGCCAUGACCAAGCCCGUCAUCAAGGACUUUUACCUGCAGGUGGCGGCAUCCUCGUCGCUUCCCGUGCUCAUCUACAACUUCCCCGGUGUCACCGGCGGCAUCGACCUCGACUCUGACAUGAUCAUCGACCUGGCCAGGGAGCGGCCGGCGAUUGUCGGCGUCAAGCUCACGUGCGGUAACCUCGGAAAGCUGCAACGCAUCUCGGCGACGCUGCCGAGCUCUCAGUUCGCCGCAUUCGCCGGCAAGGCCGACUUCAUGCUCCCAGGCCUGGUCGCGGGAUCCAACGGCGUCAUCUCGGCGCUGGCCAAUGUCGUGCCCCGGGCACACGUGGAGCUCGCGAGGCUCUACAAAGCUGGGGAGCUGCAGGAAGCCAUCACGCUCCAGAACGGACUCUCCUUGGCGGACUGGGAGUUGUCAAAGUCUGGGAUAUCGGGGGUGAAGACGGCCUGUCAAUGUGGAUUCGGCUACGGAACGGGCAACGCCCGCAAGCCGCUGCCCACGGUCAUUUCUGAAGCGUUCUCCCUCAGUCACCAAAGCGCCCUAGAAGGGAUCAUUGCGGUAGAGAAGCAGCUGGCCUGUAGAAUGAAGGCGGCAGAUUGA